UCAAUAUUACUACAUUUGUCAUUCGGGAAACCAUUAGCAGGAAUAAAUUCGGCGAUAUAUAACAGCUUGACUACCAAAAUGAAGGCAUUUAUUGUGCUCUGCAGUGUAAUUUCCAUAGUUUAUUGCAAAACUUUGGGACCGCAUUCGAGGCAACACAAAUUUUCAGGCAAUCAAAGAUGUGUCAACAUGUGGGACGAAGGAUGUAUCAACGGUCAGCUUCCCGGAUCCGGCAAUGAUGACGACUAUCUGAACGGAGGCUUCAACCCUGGCAAGCGUUGUGUCAACAUGUGGGAUGAAGGGUGCGUCAAUGGACAACUCAACGGGGCCGGCAACGAUGAUAACUAUCUGAACGGGGGCUUCAAUCCUGGCAAGCGCUGUGUCAACAUGUGGGAUGAAGGAUGCGUCAACGGACAACUCAACGGUGCCGGAAACGACGAUGACUAUUUGAACGGCGGCUUCAACCCUGGGAAGAGAUCCCUCCAUAGCCUUCUGCAAAAGCUGCAUAAUUACGAACACCAUGAAUGAUAAACCCGCACCCCACGUACAAACUUACAAGGCUUUCUUUUGUUUAUUUUUAUUUCAUUAAACUGGUCUCGUCAUUUGCUUGAAUAAAUAAUUUAAAAUAUA